UCCAGAUACGAUUAUCUCUUUAAGCUCCUCCUCAUCGGAGACUCCGGUGUCGGAAAGUCUUGUCUUCUGCUGCGUUUUGCUGACGACACAUACACGGAGAGUUACAUAUCUACCAUCGGUGUCGACUUCAAAAUCCGGACCAUCGAGCUCGAUGGAAAGACAGUGAAGCUGCAGAUUUGGGACACCGCCGGUCAGGAGCGUUUCCGAACCAUCACUUCCUCUUACUACCGUGGCGCUCACGGUAUCUGCGUCGUUUACGAUGUGACGGACAUGGACUCUUUCAACAACGUCAAGCAAUGGCUGCAGGAGAUUGACCGCUACGCCACCGAGGGCGUCAACAAGCUCCUCGUCGGAAACAAGAGCGAUAUGGAGGACAAGAAGGUCGUGGAGUACACUGUCGCCAAGGAAUUCGCCGACAGCCUUGGAAUCCCCUUCCUCGAGACCUCCGCCAAGAGCGCUUCCAACGUCGAGCAGGCUUUCUUGACUAUGGCCAGACAGAUCAAGGAGAGAAUGGGCACUACGACCGUCAACAACAAGCCCACCGUCCAGGUCGGCCAGGGUCAGGGCGUCCAGUCCGGGUCCGCUAGCGGCUGCUGUUAA